AGAUUUGCUGAAAAUGUUUUAUUACCCCGCAGUGUUGAAGCGUCACACGGGAUGUUUUUCUACAAUCUGAUUAAACCCAGGUUCUCCGCCUCAUUUUGGUGCACAGAGAACAGGUGGAUCAGUGGGAAAGUUCACACACAUCUGUUAAUGUAAACAGUAACCAAAACAUCAAGUCUGAGUGUUUGAAGUGCUGCUGACAAAAGACAACAGCUUUGAAGAUGAGGUGAAGGUCAAAGGCUGGUUGCUACAAAAGGCAUCAGAGUUCCUCGCCGGGAUUUCCUCAAAGUCAACGUUAAAAGCACCUGUGAUGACAUCAUGAACUACGUGCUGGAGCAGGUCCCACCGCCUGCGCCGGGUCUCCCGCGACCUCGCUUCUCCCUCUACCUCUCCUCCCAGCUCCAGUAUGGCGUCAUUGUUGUGUACCACCGACAGUGUGCUAUUCUCCUGGAGGAACUUCAGUCCAUUAUUGGCCAGCUGUUGAAACAGAGGACCUCCCAGAAAAUUGAUAUAGAUGAUCACAGCAGACAAGCUCUGCUCUUCCCGGAUGCUCUGUGUCUCCUGGAAGAGGCAGAAGGAGCUCCAGACCCCUUAUUCGGAGUGAUGUCCAUGCAGGGCGCCAUGCCCAGUCCCACUACACUGAUACAGAUGGGGCAGGAGUAUCUGAGAGAAGCCUCUGCUGAACUCUCUGAACCGACUGCUCCGACCGCUGCUGCGGCUGCUGCUGCUGCUGCAGCACUAGAGAGCGGCAUAACCGCAUCUCCAGACAGCAUCACCCUGAGAGAGACAGAGCAAGUAGCUAUCCCGGCUGCAGAGUUUGAAGGUGUGGAGCUCGCUGAUCAUCAUCCAGAUACUAUCGACUUCCUGUUGGCCCAAACGGAUCACUUCCCAGAGGGAGAUUUAGAGACAGCAAGAGAAGAAGUGACGCGAGCAGAGCAAGAGACGGAGAGGGAAGGGAGAGAGGGAGAGCCGACAGGAUCCACUAUCGAGUUACAGCCUACUGCUCUCUCCAGUGAAGAAGCCAUUUUGUUGCCUCAGGAAGAGCCAGGCUCGUCCGUGGAGAAGCCCGGACUCCCCACAGACCAGCUGACCCCUGUCUCCAUGCCCGCUCUCCCCUCGCCACCAUCUGUAGCAAAGGAACGCGUAAAAAGAAGUCUGGAGUUAGAGGAUGUGCCUCCCCCAGAGGUGAAGGUGAGGAGGCAGAGGAGGAAGAAGCAGCUGAUCUUCUUCGACCCAGAGACGCAGCUCUCCCAGGAGGUGCUGCAGCAGCAGAUCGACAACCCUCUGACUGAGACCACGCGUCCCCUCUUCCCUCUGCCGUCUUCUCACAGGAGGCUCCCCGCCGCUGAGCUCCUCAGCAACCCCUGCACCUUCUUGCCUGAAGAGGUGCAGUUUCUAUGGAGACAGGCUGCGACUGUCACGCCUCUCUCUGGUUUGGACCUGCAGGUCGGGGAGAGAGGGCCCGAGUCCACAGACUCUGAGAAGGAAAGAGAGCGUGAGAUGGUUGAGAUGGCUGAGAUGGCUGAAAGAGAGGAGAGACAUGAGCUCAGCCCCAAGGAGGUCCCUAGAGACUUUGCAGAAUCAGAGAUGUUUGGUAUUUCAGGCCAUGAUUCAUUGAUACUGGAGGGCUCCGACCAAAGGGAGGGGUCUCGAGAGAUUUCCCCCAUAUACACAUCAGAGAGAGAAGGGUCCACUGUCUCCAGAUCCACACUGCAGGACAUCCCAGAGGUGAUGGAGGAUAUGCAGGGGAGAAUGUUAGCAGAGUCUCCGGGGUUGAUGCCGGUGCUGGCUGAGCACGAAGUAGCACCUGUGCUGUUUCAGUCUCUUCUGCCGCCAGACGCCGACCGCAGAGCUGUCAGCAACAUUUUUCACAAGCUUCUGGAGAUUUUAUCAGCCAGGAAGGUGCGUGUGGAGCAGGACAUGCCUUAUGGGGACAUCUUGAUAUUACCUGGACCGAACGAUGAAGAGGUGCAUCUGACUUAGUGACAUGAACUCAGUCACUCAGGUCCCCAUAAACCACCAAAACAAACAUUACUGUUCAGCCUGAAAGAGGAUUAUUUGGUUGUUUCAAACAGUGUCACACAAAUGAAAUAGUGGUUCAUAAGAUUUGCUGUUGGUAUGUCUUGUUGACAUGUUUAAAAUUUAAUAAUUUAAUAAGAUUUUAAAACGUUUUACCUGAUGUUUAUAUGCCAUAAAAUUUCCAAAAGCAUGGUUUUACAUCAUCGGUCCAUUUAUGACAUGUUGUAUCAACUAUAUGGCAUUUCAGAUAAAUAUUUUAACAGUUUUUAUUGUUAUAUUUUUUCAUACUUUUAAUGACCUCACUUCAUGUUUUUCUGUACUGAAAGAAACAGUGAUGUGUCCCUUUUAGAG